AUGCCUUACAUAAUUUAUUUCAUCCUAUGCACAUUGUCUAUUUAUAAAACAGAAGCAAUAAAUGUUAGGUUAUUUUUGAGAGACGCACACGCCAGGAAUAACAAAAGAGUUCUUUCUAAAGGAAUUUUACAACUAUUUCUUGUAAGAACCAACUAUACACUAUUAUUUCUACAUGAAGAGUCUUAGCGUAUAAAUAU